AUGUUAGGGUUGCUAUUUUAUAGAAUUUUCUUGAUUAGAACUUGAAAAAUAAUUAAGGAGGGUCAUAGUAAAAUGGAUCCUAUAGAAACUAUUAAAGCUAUUACUCAGAUCUCAACAGAAGACGCAAAAGCUAUCCUAGAAUGCACACAAGGAGAUGUUGACCUUUCUUUAUCACUCUAUUAUGAAUUAAAUGGCUUCCCUGCUCCUGUGAUUCCUCCUCAAUUGUUUUUCCAAGUAAAAGUUACCCAAGACUCAGCUCAGACUUCAGCCCGUCUAGAAACCUCUAAAGUCACGAAUUGAGUUGAAUACUCCUAUGAAGAAGUCGAAAAAAUUGCAGAAAAACAGCAUAAAGAAGGCUACCUUUCUGAAAAGGAAAACGAGAGAUGCACUAUUUGUUUAUGUGACUUUGAGCCUAGUGAUAAUGGGGAAAUUAUUAAACUAGGCAGAUGCGGAGAACAUUUUUAUCAUAAAGGGUGCAUUGAAAACUGCAGAGGGGAGUCUGACUCAGUGCGAUGUCCAGUUUGUGGAGCAAUAUAUGGAGUCAUGAUGGGGGAUAUUCCUGUCAAACCUGACUGGCUCUACCUGUCUCUAAAGAUAUACCAGGCAGUCUAGCUCUACCUAUCAGUUUGACUCUAACUCAAAUUCUAUAGGGACUUUCAUGUUUAUUAAUAGCCUUUUGUAGCAAUAGCCGUCUAGUAUUAAAUAUAAAAUAAAUAUUUUUAGUUAGAAUCCUUUAUUCACUGACUCGUACAUUGUUUUCUAAAUUAUUCCAUAGCUUUAUAAUAAAUAAUAUAAAUAUUUGCAAAAAUAGUAAAGAUAUAUUAAGAAAAAAUGAUAUAAAAAUUUAAAACGGAAUAUCUGCUCUAUAGUCAAAACAAAUUAUGAAGACCAUAUAGAUGUUGAAAAAUAAUAUAAAUGCAAGAAAAAAAAAAAAUUGAGAAAUUGCUGAAUAUUAUCCUUAUUUGCCCCUUUAAACUAUAAAAAUAAUUCUAUUCCAGUUCAAAAAAGGGUUAUGUUUUUUGAAAAAAAAUUAUAUUAAAUUUUAUCCAUAAAAUUUGUUUAUAAACUUUAAAAAAUUAUAAAUUAAGGGACAAUACUUUUGAAUUUUAGUUUUUUUUUAUGAAGACUGAUUCUGCGUGAAACCUGUUUAAAUUCAUUCUAAUUGCACUUUUCCAAUAAAUUAGGUCAAAAUUAAUUUUAUAAAAAUAGUGUUUUCAUCUAUAAAAUUUUCCUAUUAAAACAAAAUAUUUCAAUUUAAAGGAAGGAUGAAAAUUUCACCAAUAUUUUACACCAAUUUAAAGCAGGGGAGUUAGUUUUAUCUUUAAUAAAUAAAUACAUUACAAUUUUUAUUUAAAUUGCAUUAUACAGCUCAUCUUUUUAAAUAAUUUGUAUAGCGUAAUAAGCUACAGGAGUAUAUCUUGAAUUCAAUAAUCUUUUUGAUCAAUAUAUAUUAAGAAUCUAUUUUUUUACGUUUAUUUUUCAGUAGAAAUUUUAAUAUUUUUUACUAAUCAUAAAAUAACUUUAAUAUUAAAAAUAAAUUCAACUUUCUUUUCUCUGAUAGCCCAACAGAUUCCAUCUUUCUAUUUUUAGUUAUAUUAUGAUUUUUCAGUAUUUAAGCUUAUAAGCAGACCUAACAUGAUUAAAGCAUUUUAUGGUAUAAAAAAUAUCUCAUAAUAUAACUAAAAAUAUUAAAAUUUAUUAUAUAGCUUAUGCACCUUAAUAGAUCUCUAUACCCCAGCAGAAUACCGACCAGAAAAAAUAUGGUACAGGGCACCUGCCUUAUAAAGUAUAAGUCUGAUUAGGUACCUUAAAACCAUAAACGGAGACUUGUCAUUUUCGUUUUUACUUUUCAAAAAAACUGACACAAGUACAAAUUAAUUUGGAAAUUAAAAUGGAUGGCCAAUAAUGAUCUAAAUAAUUUCAGGGGCUAUUUCUUAAAGAAGCAACACAAUGUUUCACUUAGAGCAUAAGCGAUUUAAAUUAAUUGGACCUUUUAAUAUAGCAUCAAAGUUUCUAUUAUUGAAUUUUAAAGAAUUAAUGUCAGAUUUUUUUUUCAAAUUAUAAAUAAGCCUCUUCUCCUGAAUGGCUAUCAUUUUUUCUAAACCUUUUAUAAUUCAGUAGAGCCAGCAGAGCCAGACUGCCAGACUUAGCCAGUAGAGCCAGUAAAGCCGGACUACAGACUGCCAGGUAGAGCUGAAUUUCUUGGUAGAGCUAGACUGCCUUUAGAGUCAGGUAGACCCAACCGGGUUGACCAUAUGCCUCCUGGCACAAUGACUGUAAUCAGAAUUGAAAAUUUUAUGCCAUUAGAUGGCUAUGAUAACUGCGCGACUUUUCAAAUUAACUAUGAGUUCCCAAAUGGAACAAGAAACGGAAAACGGUACAGAGGCACUGCAAGAGUUGCUUUUUUACCUGAUAAUCCUGAAGGCAACGAAGUUCUAAGGCUGCUUCAAAUCGCUUUUGAGAGGAAACUGACUUUCACGAUUGGCAGAAGUGUGACAACUGGAAGAGACAAUUGUGUGAUAUGGAAUGGGAUUCAUCAUAAAACUUCCCCUGAUGGAGGUCCACCGAAUUUUGGAUAUCCUGAUGAAACUUAUUUCACAAGAGUAAAGGAAGAGCUGGCAGCAAAAGGUAUAUAUUAA